AUGAAUUUUGAGGAAGAACUAGAAAAACUUGACUCUGCGAGACUCAGAGGAAGUCAAGAAAAAGGAGAGAUUAUAGAAGCGACGAAAAGUGACCGAGAAAGUGGAAUCGCCCUCUGGUUCCAGUACGGAGAUGAAUCAAAGAGAUACAAAAUGACCUACAAACGAGCAAACACAGCAACAACUACAGUCUUCUCCUGCCGAAAAUCGAAAUACAAGGCCCAGGCGAAGAUCAAAGUCCUGAAUCCGAAUCUGAUCACAUCAAAGAAAUACGAAUACGAGCGAGAAAAUAAACUUGGAAAAAAAAUGUUGGAGACUUGCAAAUGA